CUUCCGGAAGUUUCGCAAGCGCUUAUGGGCAUUGUAGUUGUUCACCCCGAGUUUGGAAGGCUUGUUUUCGUAGACAGGUUUUUGACAGCGGCGAUAAGGAAAGUGUUAAAAUGUAGUUCUCAAGUGUCAAUAUGUUCGUUUUCUUUACCCCACCCUGACCCUUUUCGAAAGGAGGCAUUUAUUACGACAAUAUAAAUGUAUAUAGUUGCGCUGUUUAUUAAAGAUAUGCACAUAUAUCAUCGCGUUUUGAACUGGCAAUCAUAUUCUUUUUUUCGGGACAACAAGGCAUGAAAGGGAUUCAGAUACAAUCUUUGAACUACAUGCGCACUUCCUGUCCGUUUUUCUUUUUAUCUGGGGGGCGUGUAGAGAGGGGGAAGCCAGACUUUAACACAAGUUAGGAGCUCGGCUAACUUCUUCGAGCAGAACUGCUGUCUAGUGGGCGUGGAGAGUGAGUAUAAGCCACAGCUCCGAUCCUCACCAUGGAGUACAAGCCUAUUGUGGGCACCGAGAACCCCACAUACGGGAUAUCCAAUCCUGUUUUCGGCCUCCCAGCCGGCCAUGCACCUGCAAUGUUCGCCCCACCCGCAGCUGACGGCCCGAGUGCUCCUCCAGCCGGCAUGUUUGACAACAUGCCAGGUUACGAAGGAACAUUGGCCGGUGGAGGAGGUGGAUAUGUGCCCCCACCAGCCCCAGCCUUCCCAGUUCCGGAGCCUCAACCUCAACCUGACCAACCGUCCUGGAAUAUUCCAUCCAUUACAGAAGAUACUGCUCGUGAUGCCUUUGCGCUCUUUGCUUCGAGCAAAUGCUGCUACAGCUCUGCACCAGCAAAGGAUGGUGUGAUCACAAAUAUGGAAGCUUUUAAUACUUAUAGAUAUCGACUGGAAACCUUCACUGAAUCAAGAUCUACUGAGUGGAAUCAUGAGCCAUAUCAUGGCCAGCCUGUGGAUGCAUAUGCCCAGCCCCCUCCAGGACCCUGGGACAUUCCUGCUCAAUCCCCCAGCUUCUUUGUUGAUGGCAAACAGAAGAUCAAGGUUCCCUACACCUCCUCUGUGAAGAGCUGCCAUGUUUGUGUGGGAAUGGGACGAAAACCAUGCAAAGACUGUGCUGGUGCUGGAAAUAAAGUUUGUUGGGUCUGCAAUGGAUCUGGUUACCGCCACGGUGAUGAUCGGUGCCACCACUGCAGUGGUCGUGGAAGGGAGAACUGCAGCCACUGUCAAGGGCAAGGAUCCAGACAAUGUGACACAUGUCACGGAAAACAGCAGCUCCUGGUUUACAUCAAUCUGACCGUGAAAUGGUCCAAUAACUCUGACGAUUAUGUAGUGGAACAGUGUAGUGGACUUCAGUUGGAUAACCUCAGCAAAGUGUCUGGGAAGGAGCUCUUUAGAGACUCGCAGUACAUGCUUUACCCGGUCCUUGGUUUCCCAGACCCAGCUGUGGCUCAAGCUGCCCAGCGUCUUGUCAGGGAACACCAGGCCAAGUUCUCCCAUGCAGCCCGGAUUUUACAACAGCGCCAGACCAUAGAGCUGAUUCCAGUCACUAAGGUGACCUACACUUGGAAAGGGAACUCGCACAUUUACUUUGUUUAUGGAAAUGAGUUCAAAGUUAAUGCCGACAACUACCCCGCCACCUGCUGCUGCUCUAUCCUGUGAUGCAUAUAAUGUGUGUCAUCGUCCAGGCCAUUUGAAACAUGAUUGAACAUCCAUCUAUUUGCCAAGCAUACUCAUGUAGGCAAAUGUAUUAUUUUGAUGUUUACUAUUGAAAACCUCCUUAACAACUGAAAAUACUUCCUAAUAACCAUUUAUAUUUGCAGUUAUUUGUACCUGUAUGUAUGAAAUGGAAAGGCGACAUGUAAUGCUAUGUGAUUAUGUGUAUUCUCACACUUGUUGCUUUUGCUCGCUGUUGUUAAACUUUAGAUGAAUGAUCUAGAUUGUUCAAAAUAAACAGGCAGAAAACUCAAACUAAGACUGAAAUCUUAGUAUUAUAUUUGUUAGAUAUAUGACUAACAAAAGUAGAACAAACAUUGUUUUCUGCUCCUGCUUUCUGAAUAAUGAAUUGUUAUUAUCAUGACAUAUUAUCGCAGUGUCACUCAAAACGACUGCUGCAUUGUGUAUCUGCAAGCCACUGAAUCACUUUCUUACUCAGCUAUUUUAUCCAAUUCUGAACCCUGAUUAUUUUUAAAAGAAUAUUUUUGUAUUAUUUGUGAUAUACAGUACGUGUUAUUUGGUAAGAAUUAAAUUUCAAAGAGUCACUUAAUAAAUGCUAUUUCGCAA